AUGCAUGUGGAUUUGCACACCUUCGAAGCUCCGGGGCCUUGGCCCUUGAGGUGUGCUGAGCGCCGUGUGGGGCGGUGGCUCACCCUUGACAACCAACCUGGUACGUAUAAUGAAUCACUUCGUCUUCGCGAGAGAAGACGUGCUUUUAAUGUUCCUGAACUCAACCGCUUGGUCGCACUGUCUGUGCAACAGCGGGAAGAUGACGUUACUGGCUUUGAGAAACUCGCCGAAGGGGGAUUCAAUCGAUGUUUCCUGGUCACCAUGCGGAACGGCAUGAGAGUUGUCGCACGUAUCCCCUAUCCGGUCACAGAACCAAAAUCUCUAGUAAUUGCAAGUGAAGUGGCCACGACGGAUUUCCUCCGAUCACACGGCAUACCAGUUCCCAAAAUAUUCGGCUAUUCUACGACUGACAGCAACUCUGCCGGUACAGAAUACAUUUUCAUGGAAUUUGUUCAGGGAACAAACCUUGGUGAUGUCUGGUUCACGUUGACAGAAAGACAAAGAACAAAAUUGACGACAAGUCUCGUGCAGCUGGAGUCUCAAAUAUUUGCAUUACGGUUUCCAGCAUCUGGGAGUAUUUAUUACUGCCAUGACUUGCCAAAAGAAAAUCGUCGAGUCAUGUUGCCAAGCCAUCACUCAAAUAAUGACACGAAGAAAGGCGAUAACUUUUGUAUUGGCCCUGCAACCUCGCUUGAAAUGUGGUUUGGAAGGAGAAAUAUGUUGUCGGUCGAUCGUGGGCCACAUGGAGACUGUCCAUCAGCAUUGACUGCUGGUGCCAAAAAGGAAAUUGCAGAGGCCUAUGACUACAAACCUCAAUCGCACCGGGAGCACAUUACUACACUAGAAAACUAUCUUCAAAUUGCACCUCACCUUAUACCGCACAAAGUACCGGAGCUCCACCGUCCAGUAAUACGGCAUCCUGAUCUUCAACCCAACAACAUCUUUGUUUCCGAUGACCUGGAAAUAUGUGGUUUGAUCGACUGGCAGCAUAGUACGGUUCUUCCACUGUUUUUGCAAUGCGGAAUUCCCAAAAGUCUUCAGAAUUACGGUGACGCGAUCUCAGAAUCGCUGCAGACACCUUCUUUGCCUGAUAACUUUGAUGAGUUGGAGGAGAUGGAACAAUACCGACAGGCUGAUAUCUAUCGCCGACGCCAGCUGCAUCACGUGUACUUUGAAUUGACUUCAAAAAUGAACAGUGAGCAUUACGAAGCCUUGACCGAUUAUUUGAACACGGUGAGGCGACGGCUUUUCUACCAUGCAAGCGAACCUUGGGAAGGUGACAAUGUCACUCUGAAAGCCGACUUGGUAACGCUAUCGAAGAAGUGGAGAGAGCUGGACUGUGAAAAGACAGCACCUUGCCCGCUUCAAUAUUCAGAUGAAGAGUCGCUCGAAUGUCUCCGAAUGGAACAAGAACAAUCAGAAGCCGAUGAGCAACUCCAGGCUGCCCAGGAAGUAAUCGGGGUUGGAAGCGAGGGAUGGGUGCCUGUUGGUCAGUAUGAUCAUGCGAGGGGAUGCGAAAGGAAGUUAAAAGCGGCUGCACUUGAAGUGGCUGAAACAGACGAGGAUAAGGCAAUUGUUCAAGCAAACUGGAUUUUUGAUGAUUUUUCAGAGGAAGAUUACAUGUGA